CUCCAACCCCCAAAAUUACCUGAAAGGAAAACGAAUUACAGACUCAUCAUUACUCAUUGUUCUAGACCCUAGAUCAGAAAAACAAAGAGAAGUAAAGAAAAGAGUCUCAAGACAACCUAAUAUUUGCAGUUAGCUACCGAUUCCAUACUUCGACCACCUGCCUUCACGAUGCCCCUCCCUCAGCGUACAGUGUCUCUCACCAGAAUCACCAACGAGACUAAGAUUCAGAUCUCACUCUCCUUGGAUGGUGGUGCGCUCCCUCCCUACGAACCAACUGAACAUUUUCCCGCUCCAGAAGAUCCCAAGGAGGCAGAAGCCGCGAAGCACGGCAUUGUCCCUCCCACAGAUGCCCACCAUGCGACGCAGUUCACCGCAACACAGCAGAUCACCGUGAGUACAGGGAUUGGCUUCCUAGACCAUAUGCUGCAUGCUCUUGCGAAGCACUCGGGAAUGAGUUUGGCCAUCAGAGCCAAGGGAGAUCUAUACAUUGAUGACCACCAUACCACCGAAGAUACAUUCCUUGCCCUUGGAGCGGCUUUCACCAAGGCCCUAGGUGCUCGUCAAUCGAUCGCCCGCUUCGGUCGCGGUGACGCACCUCUCGAUGAGGCUCUCUCAUGGGCUGUUAUUGAUAUCUCCAGCCGUCCCUGGGCCGUGAUCAAUCUUGGUUUCCGCCGCGAAAAGAUCGGCGACCUUAGCACGGAGAUGAUUACCCACGGGCUGCAGAGCUUUGCUCAAGAAGCUGGUGUGACACUUCAUGUGUGCUGCACCUACGGUGACAAUGACCAUCAUCGCGCGGAGAGUGCGUUUAAGGCGUUGGCUGUGGCUAUACGCACGGCUUGCACCCGGAGGGUGGCUGGCGAAGUCGGCGCAGGAGACGUGGUCAGCACCAAGGGUGUGCUGUGAAAUAUUCUCGGAAGUUUGGAGUCCCCGUGACCGGGCUUAUGGUUUAAAUGUCUAUUCUGUCACAAGAUUCUACUUUCUACUGCCAAUAUGCAAGAGACGAAGUUACGAAGGCGCGGGUUUUCC